UCUACCCCCGGCAGUGUCGCGGCAGCGGAUCAGUCUGUUGGGUCGAUCGGUCGGUCGGCUGAUAAUACAUCGUGGUCACGGUAAUCGCACGAACUCCGAACGAGGCGCCGAGAACACGCGAACGGAACCGGAACACGCCGUUGUCACUCCCCAGAGAUUAUACCGAGAACACGCGAGCUGCCGAACGAUGAGACUCCAGGAAACGGCGCUCCUCUGCGCCGUCUUGACCGUCGCAGUGCAUUGCCAGAAGAACAAAAAGGACGAGGACAACAAGAAGGACGAGGAAUUCAGGUGUCCGGAAGGCCAGGGUAACGGCAAUUUUGCCGAUCCGGCAACCUGCAGAAGAUUUUAUCAGUGCGUCGAUGGAUAUCCGUACCUGAACCGAUGUCCGUCGGGCUUGCACUUCGACGACAUCAGCAAAUUCUGCACCUUCAAGAACGAGGCGCGAUGCGGACCCAUCGAGACUACACCAGCGCCAAUCACCGAACCGCCGACGGAUCUGGCCGAGCGCUGCGACACGGCGAACUGUCAGCUUCCGUAUUGCUUCUGUUCCAGAGACGGCACGAUCAUUCCCGGCGGUCUUCAGCCGGAGGAGACGCCGCAAAUGAUAAUAAUGACGUUCGAUGGUGCGAUAAAUCACAACAAUUUCGAUCACUAUCAGAAGAUAUUUACUCAGGAUCGCUUGAAUCCUAACAAUUGCCCGUUGAGAGGCACGUUCUUUAUCUCUCACGAGUACUGCAACUACAACAUGGUCCAGAGCCUGGCGCACGACGGCCACGAAAUCGCGACGGAGACGAUCUCACUUCAAAAAGGCCUGGAGGACAAAGGCUACGAGGAAUGGGUCGGCGAGAUGAUCGGCAUGCGCGAGAUACUUAAGCACUUCAGCAACAUUUCGACCAGCGAAGUGGUCGGUAUGCGGGCGCCUUACUUGAAGCCCGGCCGCAACACUCAGUACAAGGUACUCGAGGACUUCGGAUACAUAUACGACAGCAGCAUCGGGAUCUCGCCGUUGAAGGUGCCAAUCUGGCCGUACACUCUCGACUACAAGAUCCCACACGAGUGCAAAGCCGGCACCUGUCCCACCAAAUCGUUCCAAGGUGUUUGGGAGCUACCUCUGAACGCGCAUUACGUGGAGAGCUACGAAGGUGGGCACUGUCCUUACUUAGAUCAAUGCGUCCUACACAAUCACGAUCCCGAGGAGGUGUUCGAGUGGUUGCAGGAAGACUUUAACAGAUAUUACGAACAGAACAGAGCGCCGUACAUGAUGCCUUUCCACACCAAUUGGUUCCAAAUCAAAGAGUUGGAACGCGGUCUGUCGAAAUUCCUCGACUGGGCGGUGACACUACCUGACGUUUACUUCGUAACCGCAACACAAGCGUUAACGUGGGUGACCGAUCCGAAACCGAUUAAAGCUCUGCAUAAUUUCGAAGGAUGGUCAUGUAAAAAGAAAGAAAAUUUGCCGGGACCACCGUGCAAUAAUCCACAUAAAUGUGCUUUAGAUUUCAAGCCUUCUGAAGCAAAUUUCACGAUGACAAGGUAUCUAGAAACGUGUAGAGAGUGUCCAAACAAAUAUCCAUGGUUAGGAGAUUCUAAGGGUACAGGGCUGUAUAAUGAUAACUAUAAUCCCCAAAACAAAUAAGGAGCGUCACUCGAGCGAGUUAGAUUUAAAUUUUAGCCUGUUGCGCCUCGUUUGUUGCUAUCAAUACGGAUGGCAUAUGUGCGCGACAAAUGAUCGACGGAUCUUUAUAAAAAUUUCAAUUUGCGUGUAUCUCAAAUGUGUAUAAGUCAGUGCGCAUCAACUCAUACUUCUAUUUUCGUGUAUAGAACAUAUAUUCGGCAAUUUUUUGCAAAUAUUUUUAACGUUAUGUAUAAAUGCUCAACUUAAAAGAGAAAAUUAUCUUGGUGCUAAAUAAAAACAAAAACUUUUAGUUUUAGAAG